UAUGACCUUGUUUACUAGUCGAAGCGUAGCCUUUGUAGCGAAAAAAAAAAAAUAUGUUAUAAAUGAACUGGUCCUGUUUUAACAUAAUGCCCCUGACAGCGGUGUGUGCAGAAAGGACGAGGGAAGAUGGAGCCUCCUGAGGAUUACACGCUUUCUAUCUAGAGAACUAUUAUUUUAAGCCUUUUUCAUGAAAGCCGCUCGCUAGUUAGGACCUCUAACUAACUAACUAAACUAACUAACUAGUGCUUUUCAGUGGGAUCUCCCAGGGUUACUUUUGGGUUUGGACGUUAUUUGUGUUUCUGGAUCACAUAAUUGCUGCAUCAUGAUGGAUGAGGCGUCUCCAGCGUCUCUAACAGACAUGUGCCUCUCGCUGGUGAGCUCCAGACUGGAGAGGUUCUGCGUGAAGCAGGCUGAUGGUUCGUUGUGUCUCCAAGAUAUUGUGGUCUUCCCUCAGGAGCUGGCUGAUCAGCUGCUCUGCAAGAUGGCCACAGAGGGUCUGCUGAAUGACAGCACUGUGGGGAUUUUCCGUAACACCCGGCGGCUCCGUCUGCGUCGCGCCUGCAUCCGUACAGCCCGCAUCUCAGCCGAGGCUUUCGAGCGCACUCUCUGCCUGCACCGGCUGCUGGAACUCGAUGCUUCUCGUGUCAACGCAGACCUCACCAUCACUGACAUCCUGCGCUGCCUCUCGUCUAGCAAGACAGUACGCGAGAGCCUGCAGCGGCUUGUGCUCAACGGCCUGAGCAUGUCCUCGCUGGAGGAGUCAAGCGGCCGCUGCUUCAGCUCGCUCCAGGGCCUGCGAUCGCUCAGUGUGUCCAAUGUGGACUUCUAUGACUCAGGGCUGGUUGAUGUGUGCUCACUGCCACGUCUGGAGAGCCUUGACAUCUCUAACACAUCGGUAACCAACCUGACACCACUGCUGAACUGCAAGGACAGGCUGCGUUACCUCACCAUGCACCAGCUCAAACGGCUGGAGAUGAGCUCCAAACAGCUGCUGGUCGUACUCAGCCAGCUGGAAGGGCUGCAGCAUCUGGACAUUUCUGAUGACAAGCAGUUCAUGUCAGAUGUGGCCUGGCAACUUCUGGAAACCCCAGGUAUCCUGCCUGCGCUGGUGUCUCUGGACCUGUCAGGUCGGAAGCAGGUGACCGAUGCAGCCGUCCGGGCUUUUAUCGAGGAGAGGCCUGGGAUGACGUUCAUUGGCCUGCUUGCCACCGACGCCGGCUUCUCUGAGUUUCUGUCUGGAGAGGGUACAUUAAAGGUGACUGGCGAGGCCAAUGAGACUCAGAUCUGCGAGGCUCUGAGGCGCUACAGCGAGAGGGAAGGCUUUGUUAGGGAAGCGCUCUUUCAUCUUUUCGGUCUCACACACGUGAUGGAGAAAGCUCGGCCUGACGUUCUGAAACUGGUAGCCUUAGGGAUGAAGAACCACCCCAACACCCUGAAUGUGCAGUUGGCAGCCAGUGCCUGUGUCUUUAACCUCACCAAACAGGACCUGGCAUUUGGGAUGCCUGUAGGGCUCUUGGGUCAUGUCACACAGCUGCUGCUAGAGGCCAUGAAGACCUUCCCGAACCACCAACAGUUGCAAAAGAACUGCCUGCUGUCUCUCUGUAGUGACCGGAUUCUGCAGGAAGUUCCCUUCAACAGGUUUGAAGCUGCUAAGCUAGUCAUGCAGUGGUUAUGUAACCAUGAAGAUCAGAACAUGCAGAGGAUGGCAGUGGCGAUCAUAUCCAUCCUGGCUGCUAAGCUGUCUACCGAACAAACGGCGCAGUUAGGAGCAGAGCUGUAUAUAGUGAAGCAACUGCUGCACAUUGUGCGUCAGAAGACAUCUCAGGUCACAGUGGACCCCACACUGAAGUUCACGCUCAGCGCCCUGUGGAACCUAACAGACGAGUCGCCUACCACCUGCAGACAUUUUAUAGAGAACCAGGGCCUGGAGCUUUUCAUCAGAGUGCUAGAGUCCUUCCCUUCUGAGUCUUCCAUUCAGCAGAAGGUCCUCGGAUUACUGAACAACAUAGCCGAAGUGGGCGAGCUGCAUGGAGAGCUGAUGGUACAGGGCUUUCUGGAUCAUAUUAGGUCUCUGUUGCACAGUCCUGAAGUGGAGGUGAGCUACUUCGCUGCAGGGAUCCUCGCCCACCUCACGUCACGAGGUGAGACGGUGUGGACCCUCGACAUGUCCCUCAGGACCACACUGCUGGAGCAGCUGCACUCAGCGAUCCUGAAGUGGCCCACGCCUGAAUGUGAAAUGGUGGCAUACAGAUCAUUUAACCCUUUCUUCCCCUUGCUGGAGUGCUUCCAGACUCCUGGUGUUCAGCUGUGGGCAGCUUGGGCCAUGCAGCAUGUGUGCAGCAAGAAUGCUGCACGUUACUGUAGCAUGCUGUUAGAAGAAGGAGGACUGCAGCAUCUGGAGCAUGUGAGUUCACAUCCAGAGACUCAUUGCGAUGUGAGACGAUUAACAGAGAGCAUUCUGGACAGCCUUCAUCGCCACCGAGCACGUACAGGCUACACGGGAACGACGCAACUGCACACUCACAGAGAGAGAGAUGUUCCAUGAGACGAAUAACCCGUGACCAGUCUCUGGAUGACGCGUGGUGUACUACCUGGAAACUGUUUGUGUGUGUUUGUCUGUCUCUCCGUGUCUGGCUUGUUUAAUUACAUCCUCCAAACCCACCGUGCGCUCACUUCCACACGUCUGGGCACCGGGGGGUGGGGGUGGGGUGUUUGGGGGGAGGACCUAACAAGCGUUCAUUUGCACAAAGCAAGAUAUUUAUUUUCUUUUUUUUUUUUUCGUCCUUUCUUGGUUUAGAAAUGAAUAGUGUUAGUUUAUUUUAUCAUCUCUGUUGCCUGGGGAAUAAAUCGGGUGACAAGUAUCGAAAGAGGAUAGCAUGACGGCAUGUCUGCAUGUGCUGAGAGCAUGCUUUAGUUCCUCGGGAUUCUCAAUAUGCACAGUUUUGACACGAUUCUUGUCCCUGUGGACACACAGCAAUAAAUAUCUCAAACGUAUGUUUCCGAA